AGAAUUUACACCCACCUUUUCCAGUAAUUGUCUAGAACUGAUAGUUUCAAAUUGGAAGGAAAAAGCUCGUCAGAUAAAAAUUUGAAUUAAUAUAAAGCGGUUUUGAAACAAGUAGAAAUAAUUAUUUCAUGUCUGAAGGAUUAAUGUCUGUCUAGGAAAAUAUACGGGUCCGCGGAAAGAAUAAGAUGUUUUCUGUUAAUUAUCAUUAAAAUAAUUAAUAUAUGUCCGACUAAUUAUUUAUUACAGCACAUAGGAAGGCAACCAAUUAACUGACGAAUGGUAUUGUUGGAUUAGCAUUCGUGACAUAAGCAUGCGUCCAAGUUAAACAUAUUAUACUGUUCAAUACUGCAAGCGGAUUAACUAAUUUUGUUAACUACAUCGGAGGAUUGAUGGAUCGAGGUUUGGUUUAGGGAAAUAGUUUUGUUGUAAUUAAGAACAGAGAAAUAUCACACAUGGAGAAAAGGAAGCAAAUGAUUUCUUAUGGACUUAUGUCUGUUUUUGGAUCACUUAAAGAUGCCGUUUUAAUACAGAUCAUUUUAUUUGCAUGUUGGCAUGUGGUAUCCAUGACAACAUACAACCCAGUGUUUAACCAUACGCCAGUAAAUUUAACGUAUUACACAGGGGAAACUGCAACGUUAAGGUGUUCAGUCAGUCAUUUAGGACCUAGCAAGGUGAUUUGGAAGCGAGAGGAUCAGCCUCAUCCAUUGACAGUGGGUAAAUUUGUAUAUGUUAGUAACCCUGAAUAUGGAAUAAAGCACAUUCCAUACAAAGACGAAUGGAAUCUGAUUAUUGAAAACGUUCAGCCUAGCCAUGCUGGUUUUUACGAGUGUCAGAUUAGUACCAAGGACGACAUAAAGAGAUACAUCCAACUUCACAUUAUUGAUGAGCCUGGUCAUGACAGAAGAUAUAUCAACAUCACAGGUCCGACACGUGCUACGAAAGGUCAAUCUGUAAAAUUAACAUGUAAUGUAUCAGGUUUUAGAAGAACACCGAAACAUAUUAGAUGGUUUUUGAACGGUACACAUAUCGUAAACGGACAGGACCAUAAUAUCCGGAUUGUAACAUACCAGAGAUCAGAUGUAUUUUCAUUGUUUAGUGAAUUAGACAUUGGAAAAACUAACUUAAAUUAUGGCGGAAAUUAUUUAUGUCAAGCACAUUUUGUAAAUGGAUUAAAAGUAUCAAAACAUGUACUUUUAGUGGAUACUAUUAAUGCAGACAGUAAACCAAGUAAACGAGGAACAGUAGCUGAUGGAACAGAACGUCCGGUAUUACAAAGAAACAAACAACAAACUCAAAACGCAGCAUUGUCAUUUAGUGUGACAUUAUGGUGUCUGACAGUGUGUUCAUUAGCCUCAUUAUUAUGUUGGAUUUAGGCGAUUGAAUGAUAUUCAGUAUAUAUCGCAGGGACCAAAUUUUCUUUUCUGACAUGAAAGACAUGAUCGUUGUUAAGUUGUGCAUUCCAAGUCUUCCAUUAUAGCUACUUCCGAUUUCUUCCGUUUUUAUGAGAUCACCAUCAUUCAGUUAGUCAACCAGUGUUAAGUUCGUGGAUGUCGUAUUGCAGCAUCGCCAAGCCUUAUUACAUUGAAAUAUCAUUAAUUAUUAAAAAGUAUUCAAAUAAACUUAAAAGAUGUAACAUAUCUUAUUAUUUCCCUUCUAUUCAACAUGUUAACAAAAGAUGUACAUCGAUGUAAAAGUAUGAUAAAUGUUAUUGUAGACCAAUAAAUGUUCGCCGAUACUUGA